AUGCCCAACAAAGGCGUCAUUCAAGUGGUUGCAGCGAGUUGUGGGCUACUUGGUCCGGGUCCCGAAUCUGGAGUUGAUGCGAACGCCAACAGCGGCCGCUUGGGAUAUCAGGGGUCCGGGCCAUUGGAGCUCGGAGGCAAGCUUAUCAUAGAGUCUGUGACCGAUGCAGACUGGGCCGGGCACAAGGAGUCACGGAAGAGCAAGACGUCAGUCCACCUCUACAUGUCCGGCGGAUUGUUGGCCUCGUAUGUCCGAUCCCCACGAUCGGUGGCGUUGAGUUCGGGCGAGUCGGAAUAUGUGGCCAUGGUCAGUGGAGGAAGUGAGCUUGUCUACCUCAAGGAUUGCUUGAACUACUUGACAAAGAAUGCCUAUGACCUGGAGGCAAUCAUGAGGAGUGACAGUGCUGCAGCCCGUGGAAUCAGCCAGAGGAUGGGAUGCGGGCGUGUCAGACACUUGGACUGCCCCAUGAUGUGGGUGCAAUCCUCCAUCAAGGAGGGUGUCCUCAAAGCCUCCGCCAUAGCUAGAGCUCGAAAUCCAGCUGAUAUUGGCACAAGGCCUCUGAGCUGCACAAAGCUUAGGGAGCUGCUUGGGAGAUGCGGCGCCCUUGACGAGAAUCUCGAGCCCUAUGGCAUGGAUGAGGUGUCCGCAGCGGAGUUUCGAAUUAGCGUGCGUCAAGUGUCAGCCAGUGGAGCCUUCAAUGGAAAGCAAAUGAAGAAGAUGCUACCUGUGCUUUUGGUGUUGGCGCAGGUGAUGGGAAGCAAUGGAAUGGAGAUCGAGGGCUUGGGCUUGCUUGGCAUGGUGGACGAUGUAGCAAUUUCAUCAUUGACUUCCAUGACUUCGGUUUUCAUGAUUGGCUGCCUAUGGUUUGGUGUACUUUGGGUCAUGUUCCGUUUAUGCAAGUGGUUUGGCCUGGAGUGCAACUUUCGCAUCAGGCAAGGAAAGUCUCGAGCUGAAGCAUCAUGCCAAGCUGAUCUUGGAAUGAGCCCAAGAUCGUGA